UACGCACGGGAUAGUUUCAACAUCGCUGCAAGCACACGAACUGGGUUGAGGCAAAUUUCCCACUAACAAAAUGAGCUGCUCUAUCACCCAAAUUAAUAAUGAGAACAAAGAUUAUUUUAAGGCUGCUCUACCUAGGCGGCCUUCUGACUGCGUACGUGAUUCAGUUUACACAGCGCCAUCAGAGCCGCACCACCACAGGCCCAGGGUUAGGGCCUAUACAACAAAGGAACGAUUCAGAAAACUACAUGAGUCUGACUAUAUGUUGAGCGGCGAGCCGUUGCUCACCUUCAAAACGGACCCAGCAGAGCCAAUGCCGUCCCGCUCCGAUUACCGCUGGCAAGCACAUGCUGAACGGCGCAGGGAGACGCUGCGGCAACUGGCUGGGAUUCAUCCAAAUCCUCAAACAUGCCUUGUGACUGGAGCUGACUACUGGAAAUACUAUAAACGGCCUUGGAUUCCAUUUGAAGAAAAGUUCCCAGCAGAUAUUGUCUUUGAAUUUGCAGAGGAAGAUUUUAUAACCACUACUAAGGAGCAACUGCCCGCUAAGCGCUCUCUGGGGGUUCAGACAGACUUCAGAGAAAGUGAAACCCAGACUGACCCAUACAGUCCUGAGUAUGUGGUGCAGCGUGGGAUGACACCCACAGAACUCCUGCAACUGGCAACAUUGACUUGGGGUCAUGGCUUGCCAGCAGGCCUUGCUGAGGUGGAAAUGAUAGAGCGAGCGCGUGAAAAGCGAAUUUGGGAGACCACCCUUCCUCCUCGCCACGACCUGAGCCAGAUCGACAAGAGGAGGCGCAUGAUGGAGGAAAUGGAAGCCAAGGAGUGGGCUUUCAGGGAAAGCGAGAUCGAGAAAGUGCAGGAGAUCCGCCUUGCUGUGCUGGGGGAGCUGCUAAGGCAGAGAGAUGAAGCUCAGAAGGAUACCGCAUAUGACCGACUGACCCAAUUAUACGCUAAGCACCUGAAGGACAGGGAGCUCAAGCUUGAGAAAACCCACCACAGAUACAUAAGAUCAAUUAGAAAACUGGAAACUAAGAGGAAAAAUGUGGAGGGAAAACUGCAGCGACGGGACAUCGUUGCUGAUUUCCAGACUCACAAUGACAAGUUCCCUUACGGCAAUAUGAAAAUGUUCAACAGUGACUACAUAAACACAUAUGAAGGCUUACAAGAGCUAGAGACAGGACUAGCGGCAUCACUGAAACAAGUGAAGACACAAUGGAGAGACAUUAAGGGCAAAAGGAAGUCUGCCGCACAAAUAGCAGUGGAGCUACUGGAGGAUUACAGGGCCGUCAGGGACGAGGAGGGCAAGGAGAUUGAAGUGAAGGGCCACCGUUUUCCGUUUCGAAAAGAGAAGCCACUUCCUACCCCUCCCGUCACUCCACUUGUGGAAAUCCCCUCAGAGGAGGAUGAGAAAACAGAGCUUGCCAUCAUCUUUUUGCAGAAGCUACUCAGGGGAAGAAGUAUCCAGUUUGAGAUCUUCAAGGGCAAAGAAAACCAGCUGGAGCUCAUCAGGGAACUUAGGAAAGUUCACGCUCUGCAGGCUAGGGAGCAGAAUAUGCAGAAAGCAGAAAAAGACUUCAUACUGAUGCUGAAGAGAGAGAGAGAUCAACAGAUGGAGAAGGCUGCGAUCAAGGAAGCGCGUCAGGCCGCGGUGAUUGGCGUGGACCUCGCGCAGGUGUUCUUCAUCUUGUCCCAGGAGCUGAUUCAUCUGCAGGAGGAGCGCAGGGUCCACGCUUUCAUGCUCCUGGCUGAGAGAGAGCGCCGUCGAAGGGAGGCGGAGGAGAGCGGGAGGCGUCAGGUGGAGGAGCGCAGGCGACAAGAACGAGACGAGAUCUUCAGAGAAAUUGUGCAGGUGCACCAGGAAAGCGUGGAUAUGUAUUUAGAGGACAUGAUUUUGAGAAAUGUGGAUUAUUUGGCCGAACAGCAAGCCAGAGAGGAGAUCCACAAGAAGGCACAGCAGCUCAAUGACAUUGCUUACGCCAUGGAGGAAAACAAGGACAAAUAUCAGCCAGAGGAGAUUGUGUCAGAGCUGGUGUACAGCUUUCUUAUUCCCGAGAUUGAGAAGAUGAGAGUCAGGCGAAGAGUUCAAUUGAAGCAGCUGAGACACUUGGAGGCAGCUCGGAGGAUCAUUCAUGGGUUUGAAGUCCCUAUGGAGAUCCAUCCGCCUGAAACUCCGCAGGAGAGCACCGCUGAUGUAAGAACGUCUGGGCCGGAUGAGGAAGUGAAGACGAGCCAAGAGAGCCAAGAGUAGUAGAGAAAACAAGCACAGCAGUCAUAAUCCUAGCAAACAAAGGAGUAAAGGUUCAAAUUUAACUUGCGUAGCUUUAAUAUCUGAUGCAAAACUUAUUUUCAAGGUUUGUCUGUCAGUCUAAUAGAACUCAUUCUAGAUUUUUUUGGAAAAUAAGUCAUGUAGAGAUUUAUUGGAUCUAGAGUGAUUAAUAUGGAGCACAAACUUAAUACUAAGUUUAAUGAAAACAUUAUUUUCAGCCCAAGUUUUGAGGGAAGCCUUGACUAAAAGGAUGGAAAAUACUUACAGGUUUGAAGUUUUUGUGUUUGUCCAUCUUAGCAAUUAAUAGCAUGUUGGAAAUUAAUAUUUGUUUGAGUCUGUAUUACUGAGUGAAACUUGGAUUUAAUUUUUGUUGUUUGUAUCUUUCAAAUUUUCCCUCCUACAGAAAUCUAGUAAUCUUAGGAACAAUAUUCCUUUCUGGGUUUAAGCCCGGGUGAUUUGUACAAAUCAUAUUUUAAGCCAUUUUAAGUUCAGGUCCAAAUAAUGAUUUAUAUUAAACUUACUGUAACUACAGAUUAUUCUGACAAUGUCAUUGAUGCUAGAGAACCAAUACUACCAACACCAGAUAAAUGACACAGAUUGAAGUGACCACUUAUGUAAAAAGACAGUGCAUCCGAAAUCUUUUGUUUGUGUGCGACUCAGUGAUGGGAGCUCGGAUAGCUUCUGUUUAAGAAGCAGUUGCCGCCCUAAGGUCGUGGUUAUGUGGUUAUUGGGUAACAACAGAUUUAUGUAAUGUAACUGAAUCAGCUGUGAAAAAUAGCGCUCAAUGUCUGCAGUGCAGUAAGUAAACAGAGAACUGACGAUUUCAUUAGUUUCCCAGAUAUGGUUGAUCAGGCCACCUUUCAGGUGUAUGAGAACAUCCCUGGAGUAAUUGGCUUUUUGGAUGGAGGUCACAUUGCUAUUAAGUGCCAUUCUGCGGAAGAUGCUGGGUAGUACAGGACUCAUAAAUACUUGUAAAUGAAUGUACAAGGCGUGUCCCCCCCACUACUCCCACUGUAGAUAUUCGGUAUUGCUGCAGGAUGUAAUGGCUCAACUCAUUAUUCCUGUAUCUUCCAGAACUCCUAUUUGUGCUCUGUUUGAAGCAGGACAGCACAAAAAAAGUCUUCCAGGGGACAGCAAAUAAAGCUGUUGAAGCUUUCCAACUUUAUUUUUAAUAGCAUGUACACUUUAAGUGAGUCAUUUGUGAAAUAAGGCCGACAUAAACACAAUAAACCUUUUCUUGAGGCCGUGGAAAA